GGACAAAAACCGGAAGGCAAGAUGGUGACUUUUCCUAGUGCGCAAGUGCAACGGGCCACCGGUGUGGCUACGGUUGCUCAACAGGCCCAAGUGCGAGGAAGAUCUCCCAUGACAACGGUAUCGGCCAACCCAGCCGCCGUUGCCGUCUCCUCGGCUGCCACCGCAGCGCCACCACAAUUGCCGCCUUCCUCCAGUGUUCCUCCACCUCCUCCUCUUCCUCUUCCUCCUCCAAGACAUCAGCCAGCAAUGACCUUCGCCAACGCAACUAGCCCGGCCCAUCCAGUGAAAGUGCGGGGCCAGGCUACCGCCCAGGGCCUCCAGCUAGGGCAGGCCCAGCCACAGGCCCCCCCACCCACCAUCCAACAGAGUGUCCUGCCUCAGAGGCUCGUGUUAACCAGUCAGGCACAGGCUCGGUUACCCAGUAAGUGCCCCUCUGCCCUGCUUCCUUCAGGUUUCUCCAGCUUCCUUCUCUCCUCCUCUUCCUCCUCUUCCUCCCCUCCUCCUCCUCUUUUCCAAAGCUUCCCUGAGGUUAAGUUGUUAGGCACCCUAACAAUGUGUGCAAGGAUACCUGGAUAGAUAAUAGGAGAGGUAUUUGGACGGAGGGCAGG